AUGAACAAUUUGCAAAAACUGGACUCUAGAUACCUUAAAAUACUGAUUUCAGCAAUUCUAAUUAUCGGGCCUUGCAUUCUGUACUUUAUUUCAACCUCAAAAUGGCUUUUUUUACAGCAAAGUUACUUGAUCAUCACUUUAAGUUACAUACUUUUUGUACUUAUGACAGUUUUCAUGAUAUCUACAUUCCUGAAAAAUCCGGGAGUAAUAAAUCCAUGUUCCAAACUCAAUAAUCCACCUUGUUCCUUAGAUUUACAGGUAAAUGCACAAAUUAUUAAAGUCAAAUUCUGCUUUCAAUGUAAAAUCAUCAGACCUCCAAGGAGUGUCCACUGUAAUAUCUGUAAUCACUGUGUUGAUAGGUUUGAUCAUCAUUGUCCCUGGGUAGGGACAUGUAUAGGAGCAGGAAAUUACAAAUUAUUUAUGUCAUUCAUCUCAACCCUGUUUUUACUUGAACUAGUCAUGCUUAUUGGAUCAUGCAAAAUGGUUAACCACUUUACUUACGAAGCUAUAAAAGUGCUAAAUCUGGGAAAUUCGACAAAAAUCUUUGUCCACACAAUGAAUAACUCUGCUGGAGCUUCUGUAGUUGUCGGGUUUGCCUGCUUUACCAUCCUAUUUUCGCUAUCUCUCCUUAUAUUCCAUUGCUACAUUGGCGCCAUGAACAAGACCACAUAUGAAGAAAUUAAAAAACUUUACAAUGAAACUUCAAAUCCAUGGUACUCUGGAAUCUCAAGAAAUAUUGCUGAAUUGUUUUUAAGUCCAUCUCCAAAACUGACUUAA